UUUAAAUCAUUUAAUUGGUUAAAAUUGCAAUACACCUGACAUUUGAGACUGAAAGCCAUGAUAAAAACUAUAGUGAAAUAAUAUUAUUGUAAUAAAAUUAUUUCACUAUGAUAAAAACUACCAAAACUGAUUACAGAAAGUACACAAUUGAGACAUAGAAGUCGUUUGAUUUGUGUGAGUUUUAUGUGCCACUUCGAUGGUUUUUUUUACAUGUUUAAACUAGUAAUUGGAGGGCGCAAUGUGACCACAUCGCAAUGGAGAAACUUAGCUUGCACCUUAAGUAUAUAAGUAUGUAUGUCUUAAUGAUGUUUACUUCAGUGGUUGGAGCGAGUGCCGCUACGACGGCAUUGUUCAUAUCUAUUUGUUUAUUGCUCGUCCAAUUGAAAUCAAUUUGGGAUCACUUUGACAUUUCUUUGGCCAAUUAUCAACGCAGCGCGUGCAGUGAGAUUUUCUCUGCACCUCCAUCCGUCAUCAAUUCGUGCACUGCUGUCGGUGGGGACAUGUUUGUACGUUAACCGGCAACGUUUGCCAAUUUGUUUCUUUCAGUUCAAGUGAGAAUCACUGAACAAAACGAUACUUAUAAAUAGAAAAUUGCGUAUGCAUUAAAUUCGAUGUUGGAGCGAUGACGAUGGCAACGUUGACGGCCGCUGUGUUGUGGUUGUGUAUAUGUACAUAUAUGUUUGUAGUUCGUGUUGCCUUGCGCCUCAUCUACACACAUACAUUUGUUAUACCCUCAAAACGAAAAGUUGGCGAGAACAUGUUUUUUAUAAAAUUUGUAACGUAGGGUAAAUGGAUGUCAAAACCACUUAAUUUGGGAGUGAAUUUAAUUGAAUUAAUUUUGGAACAGAAAAGAAAAAAAACAAGCAAUAUGUAUAAACAAAUUGAUGGACUUUGAAACUUGCCAUUACGUCAUUAUUGUAUUUAACUUAGUAAUGUGUAAACAUUGUUUGCAUUUCUUUACCUACAUAUGUACCUAAUUGUUAAAUUGGUAAAGGUUUUUUAGAUUUCGAUAUGCUCACAAAUCAACCUCUUAAAUGGUAUAUGUUAUCUUUCCACUGUUUAUAUUUUAUUUGCAUUAUCGUUGCUUUGGCAAUUGGCUGCUUUGUUGAUUGUAAUAGAGAUUUUUUUUAGCAUUUUCCAUUUCAUUGUUCAUACUUAUUGUACUUUUCAGCCAGAUAUUCUCAAUAAACACGCUGGCAAUUAUAAUUCUCCAUAAAAGUAAAGGAACAAUAAUAAGAAAGAAUAAAAGAGCACAACCGCAUAUAUUAUUCGUGUAAAGAAAUGGAAUAAAUCACUAACGUCGUGGAAGUAAUAUCGUAGAUUUUUUUUAUUUUACCCAAAUAAGUAAAUUCAUAUGAAUAUAAAUAAUAAAAGCGGAUCAAGCAGGCGGGCGGUGGGGCGAACGUAUGAAAAUAUUGAACAGACUGAGUAUACGCCACUCUUAGAUCUCACACACACACACACCUUAUAGCCACCUUUACAAAAACAGAAACGAACGAAGCCGUGCUCCAUAGCCGGUAGUUCCAUUUUUUGCUCUUUUAUGUACAUACAUACAUAUAGUUUUUUGCUACAAAGCCAGGAAAGAUGAUUCACUCGCUAAAACCCAACCGCUCCCACACUCGCGUCAUAUGGUCGACAGUUUGGUGGGUCGAUGUCAGCUGCGGUAACAUUUAUCUAUGUUAUGUAUAUGCAUAGUUGUCAAAAGCAUAACAAGUAAAGAAAGUAUAGAUAAUAACUUUACGGCGUGUAGCCGUAGCCGCACACUAAUUAUUUACUACCCUCAACAAAAUACGAAUACUCCAAAAAAAUCACAAAUAUGGCGUAUCGCAAGCCGAACGAUUUGGAUGGCUUCAUUCAAAUGAUGCCUAAAGCCGAUAUGCGUGUCAAAGCUCUGCUCGCCGAAGACUUGGUCACAUUCCUGAGCGAUGAGUCAAAUUCGAUUGUUUGCAUGGAUUUGGGCAUGCUUGUGGAUGGUCUUAUGCCUUGGCUAACUGGCAGUCAUUUUAAAAUAGCACAAAAAUCAUUGGAAGCAUUUUCAGAGUUAAUCAAAAGACUUGGUCCUGAUUUUAAUGCGUAUAACGCAACCGUGUUGCCUCAUGUGAUCGAUCGUCUGGGCGACAGCAAGGAUACCGUACGUGAGAAAGCACAAUUGCUGCUGCAAAUUGUAAUGGAAUACAAAGUGCUAGCACCACAGACCACCAUUGAUAAGCUUGCAGUCGCCUGCUUCAAGCACAAGAAUGCCAAAGUACGCGAAGAGUUUUUGCAGACCAUCGUGAACACGUUGAACGAAUAUGGCACAUCGCAAUUGAGUGUACGCACCUAUAUACAGCCUAUUAGCGCAUUGCUGGGCGAUCCUACGGCCACCGUACGCGAUGCAGCUAUACAGACGCUGGUGGAGAUUUAUAAGCAUGUUGGUGAUCGAUUGCGUGCGGACUUGCGUAAAAUGGAUGAUGUACCCACUACCAAAUUAGCGAUACUAGAACAGAAAUUCGAUCAAAUUAAAGCAGAAGGUCUAUUGCUGAAAUCGGCUCUGCAAACCAAUGCAUCCGCCGCCAAUAAUGGUCACGAUGAGUCCGACAACGUGAGUGUUCGUGAUCGUCCGACGAAAAUCGUUAAGCGUACUGUGUCUUCGACAAUGCGAAGUAAGCCCAGUGCACAGGAAUCGAGUGCAAGUAGCGAUGCUGGCGCUGUCACUGCUGAAAUAUUCGAAUCGACUUUCGAAAUUGUGCCACAAUUAACUAUAUUUCAUCCAAAAGACAUGGAUGACAUUUAUAGGAAUAUUAUUGUUGUAAUAAGCGAUAAGAAUGCCGAUUGGGAGAAGCGCAUAGAUUCGUUGAAGAAAAUACGUUCACUGUUAAUGCUAAAUAUACAAUCGCAACCGCAAUUCGUGGCGCAAUUGAAAGAUCUUUCAAUACCAUUCCUCGACAUAUUGAAGGAGGAAUUGCGUUCGCAGGUUAUACGUGAGGCGUGCAUUACAAUCGCUUAUAUGGCAAAGACACUACGUAACAAAUUUGAACCUUUCUGCGUGGCUAUCAUGGAGGCACUUAUAAAUUUAAUUCAAAAUUCUGCCAAAGUUAUCGCAUCGUCAUCGAAUAUCGCACUCAGGUACAUCAUCAAGUACGCACAUUCGCCGAAAAUGAUAAAACUUGUUACGGACACACUACAACAAUCCAAAUCGAAGGACAUUCGGGCCGCUUUGUGCGAAAUGCUUUGUUUAAUGUUUGAUGAGUGGCCAACAAAACCCAUGGAGCGCUGCUCACAACAACUACGUGACGUACUCAAGCGCACGAUUGCGGAUGCAGAUAAUGAGGCACGUCGUCAUUCGCGCCGCGCUUAUUGGAAAUUUCGGCGGCAUUUCCCGGAACUUGCUGAUCAGAUAUACACAACGCUUGAUAUUGCGUCGCAACGUGCCCUAGAACGAGAGCGUGAUGGUGGCAAUGUGCUCAUCGAGGCCGAACGUCGAUCUGCAGCGGCAGCACCGCGAUUCCAACGUUCACCCGGUUCAAUACAGAAGCCGGCGGCGGGCAUGCGCAGCGUGUCCGCAGUAGACACUGCUGCAGCCCAACGUGCCAAAGCACGCGCACAAUAUUCGUUUUAUCCACGCAAGAAACUAAGCACUGUUGGCAAUGCGCCUGCUGCGACAUCUAACAGUACAGGCACUGCAGGCACAGCCUCUUUACCACGUCCACGAUAUAUGGGCGGUGCCACAACGACGGGCGUAGGUACACCUGCGCCGUCAAAUGUAGCAAUUGCGGCGCGUACACGUGGCCGCGCUGGAGUAUCGCAAUCGCAACCUGGUUCGCGUUCCACAUCGCCCAGUUCUAAAUUGCGCGAACCAUACGGCUAUAGACCGAUAACUGGUACCAUACCGAAAAAGGCCUCUGGCAUACCGCGUUCAUUGACCAGCUCGCGGGAAACUAGUCCAACCCGCGUUGCCAUGAAACGGAGUAUUUAUUCCAAGAAUAGCGCUACUAACUCAGCCCGACGCACUCCUGAGCGCAGUAAUCCGCGUUCCUUGUCUGCUGCGCGCAUAUUGCCGCAGAGCCGAGAAGCAGAAAGCGCACUGGCUGACGCGCUUUCACCGGAAUCGGAGCGGGCCAUCGACUAUGGCGAGUAUUCGCGCGGGUAUACGGCUGGUUUGAGGAUGGGUCGCAAAUUGCUGCCGCGCGACGAGUCCGACGACUCCGAGGCAUCGUCGGUGUGUUCGGAGCGGUCGUUUGAUUCGUCAAUGACACGCGGCAAUAAUUCGAACUAUUCACUGUCAGGUUCACGAAACCGCCUGGACUGGAGCUGCACACGCGCACCAUUCGACGACAUUGAUACUAUCAUACAGUACUGUGACUCGUCGCUUUGGUCCGAACGCAAGGACGGUGUCAUCAGCUUGACUCAGUACCUGGCCGAUGGCAAUCAACUGACACCACAACAAUUGCAAGCUGUCUUAGAUAUGUUCCGUAAAAUAUUCGUGGAAACACACACAAAGGUGUACUCAUUGUUUCUUGAAGCAGUUACCGAGCUGAUACUAACGCAUGCCAACGAACUACAGGACUGGCUGUUCGUAUUAUUGACGCGACUAUUCAACAAACUUGGCAUGGAGUUGCUCAACUCAAUGCACAUUAAAAUUAACAAGACCUUACAAGUGGUGCAUGAAUACUUCCCGCCCGACCAACAGCUUAGGGAUGUCUUCCGCAUACUAGCCGAUACAGCGCAAACUCCCUGUACUAAAACAAAAAUAGCCAUACUAAAAUUCCUCACUGACUUGGCAACCAAUUACUGCAAAUCCACCGACUUUCCUUCCGAAGACGGACCGUUGGCGGUUGAUAAGGCUGUGCUAAAAAUUGUCCAACAAGCCGGUGACCCCAAGAGCAAAGAUCUGCGUGAUCAAGCGCGUAAAUGUCUCAUUGCGCUCUAUAAUCGCAGCACACCUCAAAUGACCAAGUUGUUGUCUAGCCUACCUAAGGGCUAUCAGGAUACCGCAAAAGCCAUCAUUCAGUCACAUUUGCGACGAAGCAGUACUUCCGGCACAAAUUCACCAUCCUCCCCGCAUUCAAGUGCCAGUCCUAAGCCGUUACAGAGCCCAUCGCUUGGACCAUUUUCGUCGCUGCAGCCACAGUUCAAUACUAGUCCCCGCUCGCGACAGUCGUCAGUCGACCACGAACUCUACUCGGAGGCUGAUGUUCAGCAUAAUAUACACAAAACAUCCGAGGAGAUCCGUAAUUGCUUUGGUGUAGGUGUCGGCAUUGAGUCAGCCACCAAUAAUACACGUCAGUAUCAUUCGCUCUCCAAUGCCAACGGCUAUAAUGGCUACCUGCACGAUCAGCAAGACUCGUGUGCAUCUUCCAAUUCAAAGACACAGUCCGCCACCACUACGGAAUCGAAUACACCGGAAAGCACUACAAUGCGCUUAGAUGCAAACCUGUUGGAACAACAUCAACGCAUGACCACAAAUGUUGGACUCACAUCAGCAACCAACGCCAACACAGCCGUGGUAAGUGGCUCCACACAUCAUAGCUCUCGUUGCAACUACACCGUCGCCUCGAACGGUGAAAUUGUGCUCGAAAGCGGCUUGACCGAAAGCGAAAUUAUACGCGUGGCAUGUGGCCUCAAACCUGAUAUGCCAGUGGAUCAGCUCCAGCAAGCGCUUGCCAAUUUGGAGAUCUGCAUUAAAGGUGGCAAUUGCGAGCUUCCAAACAAACAUUUCCGCGCGAUCAUGAAAAUGCUGCUCGGGCUAUUAGAAUCACAAACAGCUGAUGUGAUGAUCGCCGUGAUAAGUGUGCUCGGCAAAAUUGUACGCAGCACCAAAAUGAAGGAUACUUGGAUUAACUUCCUUGAGCUGAUAUUGCUGCGCAUUAUCAAUUGUUAUCCGCACAGUAAGGAGACAGCGCGUGAAAUCGAUUUGAUCAUACCGCGUAUUGUAUCUUCGUUGCCACUGAACGCCACCAUAAAUAUUGUAAACCCUGUUAUAGCGACCAGUUGCUAUCCGAUGAACUUGUGCGCUGUCAAGUUACUCACUGAGCUGGCCGACCGUCACGGCGCCGAAUUGACCGAAUUUCAUUUGGAUAGCAUAUUUCCGAAUUUGGCGCGCCUCACCGACGACAGCGAAUCGAUGGUGCGGAAAGCAGCUGUUUUCUGUAUCGUUAAGCUCUACAUAGUGAUGGGUGAGGAAAAGGUGAAACCGAAAUUGUCGGUAUUAAAUCCAAGCAAAGUGCGUUUAUUGAAUGUGUAUAUCGACAAGCAGCGCGGAAGCAGCGGUGGUGGCAGUUCAACGAAAAAUUCAUCAGCUUCAUCAUCAUGAUUGCGUCGCACACAUACGACGGCGACGCGCGAUGAUGUUGCGGACGUAGAUCGGCGGCAAUCACCACAGCAGCAGCAGCAACAACAACAACGAUACGAGCACCAAUAAAUGUACGGCGGUCGUUAGCAUUCUUCGGCACUCAAUCGUUUGUUAAGCUGAUGGAUUGGAACGCCGUCGACUGUGGGGGCGGUGUUGUGUAUAUGUGUAUGUUGUGUGCGUACAUGUUGUGUUUGGAUUUGUUAAAAUUUUCUUAAUCUAGGUAAAGGCAUUAAAUGCAAUACUCUUUAACACAGAUUAAGCAGCUUGCUGGCUUGCUGGGGUGCCAAAGUGGGGUUAGGUGAUCGGGUUGUUGUAAGCGAAAAUCGCUUUAACGUAUUCAUUAUUCCAAAAACGCGCUAAUAUAAUCGGAAAAAUAAGUUGCUACGGAAAAAUUGAUAGUUUGUUUAUAUGGAGGGCCCUUUUAUUUCGGCGCGGCCGUUGGUUAAUGUUUGAAAAUUAGUUGAUUGCAAAAGAAUGCGGCUUAGGAAAUAGUUAAUUAAGUAAGCUGUUCAAUUGCAGUACAACACACCAUCGGCUUUAGUAAGUAUUCCGAGUAAAACAGAAACGGUAUUCUUCAAAAAAAAAAAAGUAUACUUUUCCCGAGUUUCGAGUUUACGAGCUGUAAUACUCGAAACUGGUUUUAUAACCUUGCUUUUUAUUCAACCGAUAUCAGUAGUUUAAAUAAUAAAAUCCAGCACUUUUCAAUUGCUUCUUGCGUUUUGACCUGAUUUGCAUUUAUUCUCGUUCGACUCCACUUUGGCUAAAGCAUGACAGCUUAUGUUAUGAGCGACUGCUUGCGAGUUUACAUUAGAAAUUAAAUAUGUAUUUGCAUAAUUUUACUUAUAAGCAAACAAAAAAAAAGAACAUAAAUAUGUAUAUUUAAAAAGAAAUCCCUAUAAAUUAAUUGAUACUGAUAUCGCUGAUAACUAAUCGUAAUUUGUUAGUUAUAAUAACAUUUAAUUAACUCGAGUGGUAGAAAGAACAAAACUGAAACUAAUUUUUCUCGCACAUUCUUUGUCUCCGUAACUUUAUACAUAAAAUGUUUAAUUAACAAUGCCACACGCCUGUCAACACCUCUAGCAAUGAUUAAUUUGGGCACUUUCUCCGGUUACACAACAUUCGAAUACGAUCGAAAAAAGCUAAAAUAAUUAUUUGUUUUUGUAAACACGCGCUGAUUGUUACGUAAACCGGUAUCUGUAGGAUUUUGUCACUUGCUAUGUUUGAAAUGUCCUAUUUUUAAAAUGUAUUCUAAAUUUUCUUUCCACUUUUUUAUGUUUACUUUAUUUUUUGUGUUGCAUUUUAUUUUGUAAAUUUUGAGUGUAAUUUUUAAACGAACCUCUUUUAAUUAUUACUUGUAUUUCAUGUAAUUAUAAGCUUAAUGAUUUUCUAAAAACGAUAUUUCGACUAUUUACGCAAAACGAAAAUAUUGAUGUUAAAUACAUACAUACAUGUAAAAAAAAAACAAUAAAACUAAAUUUAAUUUCUAAUUGCGUUAAUCCUACAUCUAAGUUAUAUGCAUACUUUAAUAUCUAAUUUGUACAAUAAUUCAGUAAAAGUGGACACUUUCUCUGCGUUUAUUUUUGCAAAAAAAAAAUUAUUCCAAGAAACAAUAAAUAACAAAAAAACCUGCAUAUGUAUGCAGCUGUAACUUUUUCUGCUAAUCAAAAUAUCUAUGAAAAUGUGUUGUGUUUAUAAUCGAAUAAUUGAUAUUUGCAGGG